UUUGAGCACACGAGCUGAGCAAAAAAGUAAUAAUAGCUGCGUUCGAGAAGAACAAGAGCAACAACAACAAUAUGAAAAGACCAAUGAUGACGUCAAAUUGUUAGCAACAAAUUUAAUAAAUAUUACUAAAAAUAUGAAAAGAUGUAGCGAUGAGCAACAACUGGCCCAGAGUGAGAGCAGUGAUUUGCUCUUUCAACAAGUUAUUAAUGAUGAAGAUGAAACGUUUGCAAAAACAACAACUAAGACUAAAACUAAAACUAAAACACCCGCAAUGAGUAAAAAUCUAGCACAUUUAGAUAUAAUUUAUAAAAAUAUGAGCCAUCAAAUAGCUAACUCUUCGAAUGAUACGCUCAAUGCUAUAGCCACCUUAGACGUAUUGAUCGACCACCAGCAAAUAUGCUCAGAUGUGCGCGAUACGUCUUUGCUAGUAGAGGUACCAGUUGCUGUAGGUACUGCGUCGGAAACAUAUCCAUCAAUACGUUUAGUACUAGCGCAGGCCAUAUCGCAUGAGAACUCAUUACACAAAGCAUCGAUUUUAGAAAAAACAGAAUCAUCAGCGGCAGAAGUGACCAAGAAUGUUUCAGAUUGUGCUACACCUGAAAAAUUGACUAAAGAAAUUCAAGGUCUUGGAAAAAAUAUAGAUGAAUCACGACAAACGGAAGUGAUUAAUGAAAAGUGCGUGAAAAGUGAAAAAACUGACAUGACCAUUACGAAAUCAAUUAGCGUAGAAAGUGAGGAAGAAUACAUAACUGAAUCAUUAACGAGUUCCGGUAUUGGUGCGGAAGAACUUACUGAAGUCGAAGUUAAUGAAAUGAAGUACGAAAUGAAAAGUGCUGAAAGUGCUACGACUCAAGGUCGUUCGAGCUAUAAAAGUGAUGUUCCAUCAUCUGUAACUGUACGUAGUAAAACACCGAAUAGUGGUUUAAGCGAUACAAAGAACAUAAAAAACGAUUACAGUAGUUCUCGAUUAAAAAAUGAAAUUGUAACACCAACACAAACGCGUCUGAAUACUUCUAUAGGUUUUAACAGCAAUCGCGUUAAAAUUGAUCCAAAAAACCCGGAAUCCGUGCGUACAGGUACUAAUGUCGGUUACAGUAGUAAUGCCGGUGUGAAAAGUGAGCCUAUUACACAUAAUGUAACUACUGGUACCACUAAUACUUAUAACAAACAUAAUUCUAAUAUUUUGAGUUCCACUCGUAAUCCACCAAUUACUCCAUACAAUAGCAAAAAUGAUGUAAUUCAAUCAAGUGUUCCACGUCGAAGCAGUGCUAGUGCUGCACCCACAAAGCGUGGAGUUAUAGAUUAUACUGAACUAGGCUUACGUGAUACUACUAAUAAGCGGCAUAGUUCAGGAAUGGACUAUACUAAAGACUUAUCUGAACGUGUUAUACGAGAAACUGCUAACAAAAGGCAUAGUACAGGUAUGGAUUAUACUAAGGACUUGACUGAACUUGGCGUACGUGAAGCUUGUAACAAAAGACAUAGUACAGGCAUUGAUUAUACUAAGGAUUUAACUGAAUUUGGUUUACGUGAUGCUGCUAAUAAGAGAUAUAGUACUGGUAUUGAUUAUACUAAGGAUUUAUCUGAUUUUGGUACAGUAAAAACUCCACGGAAGGAAAGUGAAAUAAAACAUUCCUAUUCGGUUGAUGCUAUGCCGUCGUCGCUACCAACGAGUACGCGUUUGAGGCGCCAACGACGUAUGUAUUCACAGGACUCCGCCGACGAUUCCGAAAGUGCACUUGAAAAACUGAAUCGUUUACGUGCGCGUAUAUCGGGUGCAUUAAGUGAAGUAAAAGGAGUACUUAAACAAUAUAGCACUGAAACGGAAGCUGAAUCUGAUAAUACGUUGGAUAAUAAAAACAUACUGGAGUCAAAAAAAGUUGAUGAUGGACCAGUACAAUUUCGAUUUGUGAAGAAGGUGCGUAGAAGGAGUUUUUUCAAUGAAGCAGAUGAAGAUGCAGUAAAAACUGUGGCAGAAAAUAAUGCAACUGAAACAAAAACUGAAGCGAUGAAUAGUGAAAUUGUUUCAAAUAAAAGUGCUGAAGAAAUCAAACCAAUCAAUAUUAAUGAAGACAGUCAAGAUUCGGAAAGUGGUAAAUUGCUAGACUUAAAAACUGUUGCUGCUAAUGAAGAAUCAUUAGAUUUAAAUAAUAAUGAAGCUAAAACUGUAAGUGAAAAUGAAAAAUUAGAGAAUAAAAGUGAUGAAAGCUGUAAUAAAAUAAAUAAUAAUUACAUUACAAGUGCUGUACAAUUACAAGCAGUUUCUAAUGAAAAUCAAAUUUCUGAACAAAAUUUAACUUCAACCAUAGAUGAAGUUGACAAAGCAGUCUCGGGUAGUGCCAAAAAUGACUUAAAUGUAAUGAAUGCCCAAUUACAAGUAGUGGAACAUACACGACGUUUAUCACCAAAGUUAAAAAAUAAAGAUACUAAUAAUAAAAAAAGUGCUUCUGAAAAGCUAUUGCCAAAUUCAGAAAGUAUUAACUCGGUUAAUAAAAAUAAAAAUAAAAACUUAAAUUUAAAUUCAGAAGUGCAAAAUAUUGAAUCAAAAAGAAAGUUAUCACCAAAGUUAAACAAACAGGAAACUAAUAAAAAAAUUCCUCUUAAAGUGGAAGAAAAUACUAAACCCUCGAUUCAUAUUAAAAAAGACACUUCACCAAUGCAUGAAAAUAAAAAAUUAAAUGUAGAAUCUUUAAAGUCUGAAAGCACUGCCGACAGCUCGCUUAAUAACAAUUCUCAUAAAAAAUUAGUUCCAAAUAAAAAUGAAAAUUCUCAAAUUAGCACAACCGUUGCCGACAGCUCGCCUAAUAACAAUUCUCAUAAAAAAUUAGUUCUAAAUGAUAACGAAAAAUCUCAAAUUAGAACAACUGUUGCUAAAAAUGAAGCAGAACUUAAUUCAAUAAAAAAUGAAACUACAAAGACGUCUAUAAUUAACAAUAAUAAACUAACAAAAUCAAAAAAAUUAGAAAACGAAGCAGUUGCCAUGACUGAAAAAAUUCCCACAAUCAAAUUGGAGCAAGGUCAACAAAAUGAUGAAAAAACGCUACAGAUUACUGUGGUUGAGAAGUCUGAAAAAGAAUUAAUAGAGACUAUAUCAAAUGUAGAAAAUCUUGCCACCCCCUCAUUGCAGCAAAACAGUGCAGAUAAUAUAAUAUCAGAAAAUAAAGUCACAAAACUAAGGUCACAAAAUAAAAACUCAAAUGAGCCAGAAAAAAAACGAUUAUCAUUAAAGAGAAAUGAUAGUGAAAUAAGACGUGCCUCUAUUGCAGCUGUCGAAAUAUCUAAAAUAAUACCAUCCUUUGAUGAAGAAACAUCCGUAGAAAUUAAAUUAGAAAGACGUCCCUCAGACUCCACAGCAGUCGUCAAGAAAAAAGUGCAGGGCACAAGCACUAAAUUUGCAUCCGUCAUGGAAAACGAUUUAGCGACAAAGGUUAAAAAGGUCACUAAAGUUAAACGUUCUUCAGUGAAAAAGAAUGCAACAGAUGCUGACGUUAUAGCUGCUGUUGCAACUACAGCACACCAACAAAACACAAUACUAACAACAAAUCAAAUUACAACUGAAGCCAAAGAGGCCAAGACAAGUGCGACAUCAAUUGUUGUCGAUAAUGGCGAACUUAUCAAUGAAAAUAGUUUAUGCAAUAAUAAAAUGUUGCCAAUUACUAGAACAGCUACACAAACACCCACAGAAAAACCAAUAAUAAAUAAUCAAACGAAAUCAAUGCCCAAUGAUGCAUCAUUAACAAUAGCCGAAGUGCCAAUGAUGCCAAUGAUGCCAAUAAUGCCAACAACGACUACUAACGACGCCACAGAAGUUAUAAAAUCGCAAAAUCAAAAUUCUGUACCGCAAAAUCUAGAAAUAUCGCCAACAUUACAAGUUCCAUUGCAAGACGGUACAGUACGAAGUAAUAGUGAAUCGGCAGAAUUAAAAGUUGUCUGCGAAACUCGCACUGAACCAAAUAACUCGGAAAAGCUAGUGAAGAACAUAAUUAAAUCAAAAAGUGAACAAGAUGAAAAAUUAACUCCUCCUGAAAAAUUAAUAACAAGUACGGAAGAGAACAAAUAUAUUGAUGCAGAAAAAAUACAAAAUAAAACAACAACAUUAAUACACAGUCAAGAGUUGUUGGAUAUCAAAAAACCCAUUAAUCAAGAAAUAAUUCCAAGCGAAACGCACGAUAAACAAGCUCAAUCAAGCGAAAGUCAACAGGUGUCCAUAGCUGCCAUUGCCAACACCAACGCUGCGAUAUUGCAAAGUGAAAACUCAACGAGUGCGGACGCGGUUAACGAACGCUUUAAGGACGCAACACCGAAAAUAAUUUCAAUUGCAACUAAUGUAGAUGCAACUACAAAAACUGAAAGCAUCGAUACUGCCCCGAACAGUGUUCAAGUAAUCGUCGAAUGUAACGCAACCGACACAAGUGAGGAAACAACAACAGCAACAGAAGAAACCAUGCCCGAAUUACAAGUCUUACCAGCACCUGUGGUUACAGCACCACAAGUAGGUCAUAAGGAACAUCACAGUGGUAAAAAGAAAGUUAUUAUAAAAAAACUUAUAAGACAAUGCUCGAAAGAUAAGACAAUAACAGCACCGCCUAAGGCUAAUGAAAAUACUAGCUUAAUUGGCGAGGCAAACAUAGAAAACAAUGAUAUUAACGUUAUUCCUCCGGAAGAACUGGAAAAUGCAAUUGAAAUAACAACAAUUGAAACAGAUGUGGAGGUUUCCACAAGUGAAAUUGAAAUACCGGUUGCACCACCAAAAAAACCGCGACGUGUUAAAAAGAAAGUUAUUAUUAAGCGUCAACAACGUAAACUUUCCAUAGGUGAUACAUUCUUUAGAGGUCCAGAAGAGGAACCUGUUGUAUCCGAAAUAGAAACACUUGAAAAGCCUAUAGCAUAUGUGACAGAUGAUGAAGAUGAUGAUAGUAUGAAAGAGAAAAAUGAUGAACCUGUUCAACCGCUGAAAAGUUGCAUGAAAUCGCGUGAGUAUCAAAUCGGUGAUAUAGUUCUAUACGCUGAACGAUUUAAGAAGACACAAAUCAGAUGGAAGAAAGGACGUGUGAUUGAACGCAUAACAAGUAUAUCAUAUAUGCUGGAUAUUGAUGGUAAAGAAGUGCCUUCACAUGUGAAUUAUCUCAAGAAGUUUACAGAACGUAAAGUUAAUUUUGGGGGCAAAGAAUAUUUAGAAAUUGACUAUGAACAGAUUGAAGAGGAGGAGAGACUUGCGCGCACCUACAGCAUAUGGAAUAUGGUAUGAGUAAUGAUACUUUGAAUUAAAGUUAAAAAAAUAUUUUUUUAAAUUUUAUUUCAUAUAAAGUUAUAGUGUUGUGAUGAAA